UUUACCAGAGCUUGUAGCUUAUGACAUGGUGCGCAUUGCUGAGAUGGCACAAGAGGGAAAAAAAAUUAACCCGUGCGUAUACAAAAAUAAAGAAAGGAGAAAGUGGCUAUGGCGAACUCUUCGUCUGGCAAGCCCUAGCGCAUUCUCCCAGUGGCGGUGUUCCUUCCCGCGACGCUACGAAUUCUCGCCCCCACGGCAAUCCAUGGCGACGAUUCCCUAGGGCGCUGGGGUCGGGCAAAGAAACCCUAGGGGGAGAGCUUGGAGCAGAUCGACCGGCCCCGGCAAAGAUGAGCCAGCCGAAGAAGAAGCCGUUCAAGAUCGAGCCCUUCAAGCACAAGGUCGAGAUGGAUCCCAGGUAUGCCGAGAAGACCUGGAAGAUUUUGGAGGAUGCGAUUCACGAGAUUUACAAUCGCAACGCCAGCGGCUUGAGCUUUGAGGAGCUCUACAGGAAUGCCUACAACAUGGUUCUUCACAAGUAUGGAGAGAAGCUCUACGCGGGGCUGGAAACCACGAUGACGCAGCAUUUGCAAGAGUUUUCUCGGGUGAUCGAGGCGGCGCAAGGUGGUCUCUUUCUCGAGGAGCUAAACGGGAAAUGGUCCGAGCACAACAAAGCUCUACAAAUGAUCCGGGACAUCCUCAUGUACAUGGACAGGACUUACGUACAGAACUCCAGCAAGACCCCCGUCCACGAGCUGGGGCUAAACUUGUGGCGAGACACGAUCGUGAGAUGCCCGACGAUCAAGGACAGGUUGAGAGAUACGCUGCUCGACUUGGUUCACAGGGAGAGGACGGGGGAAGUGAUCAACAGAGGCUUGAUGCGAAACAUCACCAAGAUGUUGAUGGACUUGGGGGUGGCGGUGUACGAGGAGGAAUUCGAGAAGCCUUUCCUGGACGCGGCCGCGGACUUUUACAGGAUAGAGUCCCAGCAGUUUCUCGAGAGCAGCGACUGUGCCGACUACUUGAAAAAGGCCGAGAGGAGGCUCAACGAGGAGAUGGACAGGGUGACGCAUUAUCUCUUUCCUCGGAGCGAGCCAAAGAUCACAUCUGUUGUGGACAGGGAGAUGAUCGGCCACCACAUGAAGCUGCUCGUGGAGAUGGAAAACUCGGGGCUUGUUUCGAUGCUCACUGACGACAAGUAUGACGACUUGGCUCGCAUGUAUAGUCUCUUCCGGCGGGUCACUACAGGGCUCCAGACGAUUCGCGAUCUCAUGACUUCACAUCUUAGGGAGGUUGGCAAGAACUUGGUCGUCGACCCGGAGAGGCUCAAGGACCCGGUAGAGUUCGUGCAGCGUCUCCUGGACGAGAAGGACAAGUAUGACAGGAUAAUCCGCUCCUCGUUUAGCAACGACAAGACGUUCCAGAACGCCUUGAACUCGGCGUUUGAGUACUUCAUCAACCUCAAUGCCCGGUCGCCCGAGUUCAUCUCGCUGUUCGUGGACGACAAGCUCCGCAAGGGGCUCAAGGGCGUCAGCGAAGAGGACAUCGAGACGGUGCUGGACAAAGUGAUGAUGCUCUUCCGCUACCUCCAGGAGAAGGACGUGUUUGAGAAGUACUACAAGCAGCACCUCGCCAAGCGGCUCCUUUCCGGGAGAACCAUCUCGGACGACGCAGAGAGGAGCCUCAUCGUGAAGCUCAAGACGGAGUGCGGCUACCAAUUCACGUCCAAGCUCGAGGGGAUGUUCACGGACAUGAAGACGUCCCGGGACACAAUGCAAGGCUUUAGCUCGAUGAUGGCGAACUGCGAGCAGCCAGGGGAGGCACCGACGCUCUCGGUACAGGUUCUCACAACCGGCUCCUGGCCAACGCAGUCGGGCGCGAGGUGUAACUUGCCGACGGAGAUCCUCUCGGUGUGUGACAAGUUCAAGACGUACUACUUGUCGACGCACACCGGGAGACGCCUCACCUGGCAAACGAAUAUGGGAACCGCGGACCUCAAGGCUACGUUUGGCAACGGUGCGCGGCACGAGCUCAACGUCUCCACGUACCAGAUGUGCGUGCUCAUGCUCUUCAACAUGGCGGACAAGGUGACUUACAGGGAGAUCGAGCAGGCGACGGACAUUCCAGCCGCGGACUUGAAGCGGUGCUUGCAGUCGCUGGCGCUCGUCAAAGGCAAGAACGUCUUGCGGAAGGAGCCGAUGAGCAAGGACAUCAACGAGGACGACGUGUUCCUCUUCAACGACAAGUUCGCGAGCAAGCUUUACAAGGUGAAGAUCAGCACGGUGGUUGCGCAGAAGGAGAGCGAGCCGGAGAAGCAGGAGACGCGGCAGAAGGUGGAGGAGGACCGGAAGCCGCAGAUCGAAGCGGCCAUCGUGAGGAUCAUGAAGUCGCGGCGGGUGCUGGAUCACAACAACAUUGUGAGCGAGGUGACGAAGCAGCUCCAGGCCAGGUUCUUGCCGAAUCCGGCGGUGAUCAAGAAGAGGAUUGAGUCGCUGAUCGAGCGGGAGUUUCUGGAGAGGGACAAAGUUGACAGGAAGCUCUACAGGUACCUGGCUUAAGCUCCGGCAGGAAUAAGUUUCGAGGAGAUGGUUUAUAAAGCGCAGCAAAAGUUUUGUGAGGAGCCAAGCCAGGCUUUCCUGUUUGGAGGAGGAAGACUUGAAGAUCAACUAGAGAAAGGAAAGAAAAACGAGGAAGCAAGCGCAGUUCCUUCUCUUUCUCUCGCUCUCUCGAUUCUUAGAAGCUCUUGUUAAUUGCUUUCCAAAGUUCUUUCUCUUUUUUUUCUUUUUUUUCUUUUUUCUUGCCUUCUUUCACUCACGGGAGUUUUGAGGCUUGAUCCAGGCUUUGCUUGAGGAAUUCUAUAGGCCAACUUUUGUGGUUAA